CUCAUCCGAGUUUUUUGAAUGAACGGAGAGGAUUCGGCGCACCUCAAAACAAAACCUUCAGGUCGCAGAGAUCCCUUUAUCUGGCAUAACCCUAGCAAGUAUCCCUUUCUUUCAUCGUCCACGAAAUGGGCAAGAGAAGGGGCGGGAACAAAUCUUCGGCUUCUUGCAGCGGAAAGAGCAGCUAUAGCAAUGGAUUUCUCGUCGCUGACGCCACCUGUGGCGGCGUCAACGAUGAAGUAGUGGAUGUCGCGGAGGAGCGGACUGAAAGCUCCAAUCUUGAGGACUCGCCGGAGGUCAAAGCCCUUGUUGGUAGCGAUAAGACUAGCGCCGAUUACUACUUUGACUCCUACUCCCAUUUCGGUAUUCAUGAAGAAAUGUUGAAAGAUGUUGUUCGAACCAAAACUUAUCAAAAUGUUAUAUAUCAAAAUGCUUUCAUCUUCAGAAACAAAGUGGUACUUGAUGUUGGUGCGGGGACAGGAAUUUUGUCCCUUUUCUGUGCAAAAGCAGGAGCGAAGCAUGUAUAUGCGGUUGAGUGCUCCCUCAUGGCUGACAUGGCAAAAGAGAUUGUCCAAGCAAAUGGAUUUUCUAAUGUUAUAACGGUUCUAAAGGGAAAAAUUGAAGAAGUUGAUCUACCAGUCACUCAUGUAGACGUCAUCAUUUCUGAAUGGAUGGGCUAUUUCUUGCUGUUUGAGAACAUGUUGAACACAGUUUUAUAUGCGCGGGACAAAUGGCUUAUAAAUGAUGGCAUUGUUCUUCCAGACAAAACUUCCUUGUAUUUGACAGCAAUUGAAGAUGCUGAAUAUAAAGAGGACAAGAUUGAAUUUUGGAACAAUGUUUAUGGCUUUGACAUGAGUUGCAUCAAGAAGCAAGCCAUGAUGGAGCCUCUUGUUGAUACAGUAGAUCAGAAUCAGAUAGUCACGAAUUGCUUGUUACUUAAGACCAUGGACAUAUCAAAGAUGGUUGCUGGUGAUGUGUCUUUCACAGUACCUUUCAAACUUGUGGCCGAACGCAAUGAUUUUAUACAUGCUCUUGUGGCAUAUUUUGAUGUGGCAUUUACUAGAUGUCAUAAGCUAAUGGGAUUUUCGACAGGGCCUCGAUCAAAGUGCACCCACUGGAAGCAAACAGUUCUGUAUCUGGAGGAUGUGCUAACGAUCUGUGAGGGAGAAGCACUUGUAGGGAGCAUGUCCGUAGAACCAAACAAGAAAAAUCACCGAGAUAUAGAUAUAAUGCUCAAGUAUUCCUUAAAUGGAAGGCGCUGUCAGGUAUCCAAUGUUCAGUAUUAUAAAAUGAGAUGACCAUAGUAGAUGGAUGAGCAAUGGCUGUAACUGUGUCGUGUAACAAGGAAUUGUCUCUUUUUUUUUUAAAUUUAUUUAAAAUGGCAUGUAUGUGAAACAUUUUUUAGCGAUCUGUAGAAGUAAAUUCAAUGCUGCAGUAUUUUUUAUUCUAACUGAAAAUUCACUUUUGAGUAUUGAGGUA